AUGGCUGCCGCAUACCAGACGCCAGCGCAGCCCAUCUUCCCCGAUAGCUAUGUCGGUUUUGACAGCAUCACCAAGCAGAUUGAGAGAAAGUCGAUCAAGCGGGGCUUCCAGUUCAAUGUCAUCUGCGUUGGUCUUGGAAAGUCGACGCUCAUCAACACCCUAUUUGCCUCGCACCUGAUGGACAGCAAGGGUCGCUUCCAGCCCGACGAGGAGGUCCGCAGCACCACCAACAUCCACCCCGUCUCACACAUCAUCGAGGAAAACGGUGUGCGUCUGCGCCUCAACAUUGUCGAUACCCCCGGCUACGGUGACCUGAUCAACAACGAGCGCUGCUGGGACCCCAUUGUCAAGUACAUCAAGGACCAGCACAGUGCCUACCUGCGCAAGGAGCUCACCGCCCAGCGUGAGAGGUACCUGCAGGACACACGCAUCCACUGCUGCCUGUUCUUCAUCCAGCCAUCUGGCCACGCUCUCAAGCCGAUUGACAUUGUUGUGCUCAAGAAGCUUAGUGAGUUUGUCAAUGUGGUGCCUGUCAUCGCGAAGAGCGACAGCUUGACCCUGGAGGAGCGUGCCGAGUUCAAGCACCGGAUAAAGGAGGAGUUUCAGUUCCACAACUUGCGCAUGUACCCCUACGACAACGAGGAGGAUGAUAGCGAGGAAGUGGCUGCAAAGCAGGCCAUCAAGGAGCUUCUUCCCUUCGCUGUUGUCGGUUCCGAGAGGACGGUUGUUGUUAACGGCAGGAACGUUCGCGGUCGUCAGAACAAGUGGGGCAUCAUCAAUGUCGAGGAUGAGAACCACUGCGAAUUCGUCUACCUCCGCAACUUCCUGACCCGCACCCACUUGCAAGACCUCAUUGAGACGACUGCCCAGAUCCAUUACGAGUCCUUCCGCGCCAAGCAGCUUUUGGCUCUCAAGGAAAGCUCUGCCGUUGGUGGCCACUCGUCUCGCCCCAUCUCCCCAUCGGCCGACCGCGAACUUAGCAGGAACAGCCAGCGCAUGACGAUGAACGGCUACUAG